AUGGAUCAAUUUGCUCCCCACCCAACAUCUUGCUUCGAAGGCUGGUACUCCAAGUUCGACCUACCAUCAGGCUCGUACAUCACACUCGUCAUAUGCACCGUCCCAAAAGCCACCACGCUCCCUCCCCACAUGGUCUCGUUUACCUAUUAUCCCGCGUCCGGCACGCCCAUAUUCCAGCGGGAGCACUGGGUCUCGCACAUCGAGUGCGUUACCACCGGCCCAAACAACGCGUUCGAGCUCAGAACAGAUUUCGGCAGCAUGCGCGUCGCCGCCAACGGAGACACAACCUACUCUCUCUCAGCCCCAGAAUGGAGUCUGAAUGCCACCGCAACAUCCCGGACACCCUGGUUCCCCUCGCAGAACACCUCGACGCCCGAGGGCUGGCUCGUCCACCUCCCGCUCCCGCUCCACUGGCACGUCCACAGUCUCUCCUCACGUGCAGAGUACCACCUCAAGAUUCCAUCGGAGAACCUUCCCCUGGCGCACACCUGGGUGCAGGCCCGCGAACCCGACACCGCCCGCGGCAUCUGCCUCGCAGGCGGCAAGAUCCUCGGCAUGCACGCGUUCCUCCUGGGAUACCGUUCGCCAAAGCUGAAUCUUGACUUUGCUCCUCCGUUUGCGCUCGCGGUUCCGAUACCCAUCCCUUUGCUCUCGUGGCUGAUAUCCCCGUUCAUGACGCAUGUUAUUGACUAUGCUUCGCGCAGCAUCUCUCUGACGGUUCGCAACCUUUUCUACAAGAUCGAGGUUAGUGCAAGGGCACCGAAAGAGGUUGGCUGGUUUGGGCUAGGCAGCCCGUUUCCUGAAGGCCAUCGGAAGAACUUUUGCUCUGAGAGCUUCCUGGCGACGGUGGACGUGGUGGUGUCGGAGAGGAGCAUGUGGGGAUGGACAUGGAGAGAGGUUGAGAGGGCAAUUUUUGAAGGCGCUAGUCUAGAAUUUGCGGGUGAGUAUUUUCCAGGGACGGGGGAGAAGGGGAAGUAA